CUAUAGAACAUUAACUUUAAAUUAUAGACUAUACUAUAUAUUAGAGUAUAGUUUAGACUAUAGUACAGUCUAUCUAUCAGACCUUAUAUUAGUUUACAGGUACGACCAAAAUCCAUACUCUAGUCUAGUGUAGAUUUGCAGUUUUAAACCAGAUUUUUAAAGUUUAACAGACCGCAUGAGUAAUAUAUAUUUUGUAGGAGAGUUAUUUAUUAAGUACUUAUACGCUGCAAUAUACAUAUAUUUUUUUAAAUUAAAGUGAAUUCUUUAACAAACAAUAAAUCAUUCCAUAAACAUUUCUAUAUACAAAAGACCUUUUAAGCACAGCAGAAAACCAAAAUAAAAAUUGCAAUUUAUAACUAAAUAAAUACAGACAUUGUGUGUUCAAAUAAUAAACUACUAUUUACACUUGUUUCUAUAGAAAUUUAAUUAUAAAAAACAACAAUAAAAUAAAUAAACAUUGAACAGAAAAAAGAACAAGUUUAAAUCCUUAAAAUACAACCAUUACAAAAACAUAAAAAUCAACAAUUAAUCCUAAAAUAUGACAGUUAAAAUGUAAGAAAAUAUAAAAAAGAGCAGCAGCAGAAGCAACAGCAACAAAUAUUUGUGCUUAAUAAUGAAAAAUAAAAAGAAAAAUAUAUAAAACAACACAAAUGUCAAUAUAAAUCAAUACAAAUGCAACGACAAUAUAUCAAAGGCAGAAAGAAAACAAUAAAAUCCAACAAAAACAAUAAUAACGGCAUCAAUAUAGGCUCUAACUCAGAAAGAAAAUAAACCAACAACAACGAACGAAAAACAACAAAGAAACAAGAAGAAAAUAAAAAAAAGUUUAAAAGGAUAAGUAGUAAAAUAAAUAAUGCUGCCGCCGCCUAUAACUACACCAACAAUAAUGAAUGACGACAUUACCAAUAGUAAUACUAAAAGUCUGGCUACACAAAGGAAACAACAUCAUCAAUCUGCCUUAUUUUCUAAUACUUCUUCUGCCUCUUCUUCUUCUUCCGCCGCUACAGCAUCUAAAAUUGCUGAUAUUUCCACCUCCACAAACUCCUUUCCCACGAUACCAUUUAAUAGCACCAGCAUAAAGAAUUUUUUCAAUAAAACUUUAGCCCAUGUGGCUAAAACAAAUCUAAGCGAUUAUACAGCUCAAUAUACUUCAUCAUUUUCAAACUCUGCCCCAGAUUCCGCUGCCAUCUCCCAUACCUUAGACUCUCAGGUAUAUGAUGGUCUUAUAGGAGGUAAAACGUCCGUGGGAGGAGAAAGUGUUAGCAGUAGUGCUGCUAUUGAGCAGGGAAAUACUUUUGACGGCUAUGCUGCAGCAGCCGAUAUGGCAGUGUCGUCAUUAUCGAAUGGCAGCCAUCAUUUGGAAACAACAACCGCUUUUCCAACAGCCCAAACGGUGGCAACAUUUAUAGCCGGAAAUAAAAAUCGUGCCACUACAAUAAUUGUUUAUCCUACAG